CUCGCGACGGCGUCACUGGGCAGGCGCGGUGCGAGGGUGUGCGGCGGCGUCUGCGCAGUGUUGGCCUGGGCUCCCUCCCAGGAGAGCUGAAUUCUUGACAGCCUGGCUUGCAAGCUCGCCGUGUCCCCCAUGCCGUGUCACGUAUGCCAGGUGACAUUGAAGCCAGCAUAGGAGUUAGAAGGCAAACCGGGCCCUUCUGUCAGUUCUGUCACCGGCUCUUGACACGAUCCAGAACAGUCUCACUGUCCUGAGAUGUCAAAGCAGGAGGCUGAAGUUGAGGUUCUUGCCAACACUCCUGAGACUUUCUCCAAGACAGAACUGAAACAGGUCAGAUAAUGACAGCUGUGUCCUUGCCAGCGGAGUCCCCGGAAUCAGUGGCUUUUGAGGAUGUGGCUGUGUACUUCACGAAGAAGGAAUGGGCCAGCCUGCUGCCUGCUCAGAGGGCCUUGUACAAGGAAGUGAUGCUGGAGAACUAUGGGAUGGUGGCUUCCCUGGCACCACCGCCCAUCUCGAAACCAGCCCUGAUCUCUCAGCUGGAGCAAGGGAAAGAGCCGAGGUUCACUCGGCCACAGGGAGCCCUAAACAGGAGGGCCCGGAGAGUGGUCUUUACAGGAUACAUCCUAAAACUACGAAGAUUCACUUACUUAGCUAAAGUGAUAUCGCGUGCAAUAAAAUUAAAGCUUCUCCAGAGUCGUCGUUGCUGGGAAGACAGAACAAAGGCUUAAUUCUUGAUCUUUAAAUACCAGUUUUCCAAGUAAGGAAUUGAUUAAAGAGCUACCUUACAUGAUGUCAAGUGCACGUUUUAUCUCUAGACUUGCAGGUUUCUGUAGGUUUAAUGUU